UUUUGAUGAAUUCCACAUGGUAUUAUUUUUGUGUCAGUUUAUCGUAGUCUAUCAAGAUGGUGCCCUCCAAAUAUAGAGUUUCCCUCAGAAAAAAAAUGAACGCAGAGUUUGAUGUGGUUGUCCGCAGCCUGAGCACGGAGAAUGACUAUCUGAAGAAGAUGCUGGUUGAGUCUAAUCAUCAUUAUUCAGCACUCAACAAGCUAGUGGAGAGAUUCCUCACUCUUGAAACACUAAGGCUGGAGGGUAGUCAUCAGCUGAAGUCUAAAGACAAGAAGAUUGCUGUGCUAUCAGAGCAGCUGAGUGAGGCUGAUGAUAAUCAGGUGGAAGGAGUAAGUAAGAGGAUGAGGAGAAUCAUAUCCAGUUAUUCAUCAGAGACUGAAGAACUCAAGAAUAAGCUUGGUUCCGCUCCAGAUGAACAGGCCUUGGCUGACGACAUAAGACAACUCAGAUACAACCUCAAAGACGCCUUGAAGAAGAACAAGCAGUGGCUGGAGUAUGACCAGCAGAGUGAGGCCUAUGUGAGGGCAAUUCUGGCCAGAGAGUUAUGGCUGGAGAAGCAGCUGAACGCAGCCAGUCGGGCCUGCUUACAGCAACACAAUGAGCACCAUUCAGAUGAUGAAGUUCAAAUAAGCCUGAUGCAGGAGCACUAUGAAUCCCUCCUACAGGAAGCCAAAGAUAAUCUGGAGGUCCUCGGGUAUAAGUUUGGCGAGACCAGCCAAAAACUGAUUCAAACUCAAAACAGUUACAGGGAAAUGGAGGAAAAGGUAGAGGAGCUCAGACAGCAGCUGCAGACUUUAAAGAUAAGCAGAGAAGGUUCAACAGAUGAUCACAGUCGCUCUGAAAGUGGAGAGGAACAGCAAAGAUGUGAGACAGAAGACCUGCGCCGCAGUUUGCAUGAAGAGAAGUGCAAGUCAGCUUACCUAGAGCGAAAGGCGGACAUGUGUGAAAGGGCUUUUAAAGAUGUUUACAAAGCAGAUCAGCAAAAGAUUGCAGACCUGAAACGAGAGGUCAAGAUUUCUCAUCAGGACCUUGAGGAUGAGCGGCAGGAUUGUUUAUAUUUAAGGAAGCAGGUGGUCAAACUACUGAAGAUGGUGAGAAACCUGACAAAACCGCAUAAGAGGGGACAGCAGGAUCGUAACCCGUAUGAAGUGGCCACCAGAGAUAGCCUUCAAUCAUCCCCUAACAGCAGUCUGCAGGAUGAAAGCUCCCUGGAGUGUCCCGUCUGUGAGAGCCCAUAUCCAGUUCAUCAAUACAGAGAUUGGAUUAAGCACCUGGAAGCCUGUCACGACUGAAAGAUGAGAAGGAAAAAUCUUCUGUUCUGUGUAUUCUGCUGUCUAAAAUUUCAAUAAACUACAGUUUUAUGUUCCUUAA